AUGAUUAUUAUACUAAUGUUGUUGGCUAUGCUACACACCGGAUUGGCAACCAUCGCUGGAUACGAAAAAUUGGAAAACAAUUUCCUUAAAAAAUUGGGUUUAAGCCAAAGACCUGUGGUAGAAAAGGAUUUGGAAAUACCAUCUGCCACAAUGGAGCUGUAUAAUUCGAUGUCAAAUGCAACGUCAACACAUAUUCCUAUUCCUGGUUUGCACACAACUUCCGCUAAUACUGCUAAGACAUAUUACAACAAAGGAUCUCCAAUUAAUUCUAAGUCUAAAAGAUAUAGAUUACAGUUCGAUAUAGAUUCUAUACCGGAAAAAGAACAGUUUAAAGCUGCUGAAGUACGUUUUUCUAUGUUAUACGAUAAUGUUACACAAAAUGAAGAAUUUAUUCAUGUGGUUAUACAAGAUAUAAUCCAACCUGGCAUAAAGGGAGUAUCAAAACCUGUUCUCAGAAUUAUCGAUUCAAAAUCAAUUAAUAUGUCAAAAGUUUCAAAGUCAGAAAGUUUUGAUGUAACACCUUUCAUAGAAAGACUGUUGAAAAAUAAGUUUAAAGACAACAAUGGUUUACUCGUACAAUGCAUCAAGUUUUCUGGUAGUCAGAUAAAUUUGCUCAACGUCUUUGAUUUCAUGUCACCUGAAAAGGCUUUACUACUUGUCUACACCGAUGAUGGAACAAGUGAGAAGAGCUCGCUGGAACAGAUGAUGCAGCGCAGCAAACGGUCGGUCGCUCAAUUGGGAGGGUCACAGAAGAAAACGAAAAAGAAAAUCUGUCAGCGGUAUUCGAUGUACGUGGACUUCAAAGAGGUCGGGUUCAGCGAUUGGAUUAAAGCGCCGCCGGGAUACGAAGCGUUCUAUUGCCAUGGAAAGUGUUCGUUCCCGUUAGCCAGUCACAUUAACGCGUCCAAUCACGCGGUCAUGCAGACGUUGAUGCACACCUUUAACCCGUCGCUGGUUCCCCUAACGUGCUGUGUACCGACCAAACAGAGUUCGCAGACAUUGCUCUACUUGGACACCGAUGGAAAAUUGGUGGUGAAAAACUACCCGGACAUGUCCGUGGACGAGUGCGGAUGUAGAUGA